CUGGGAGCCGGAGGGGUCCGAGUCAGAGACAGCGAGAUACCGAUCCAGGAGAAGAGAGGACGCGGAGCAUCCCGGAGCCCGGCAACAACAUGUUUCCAUCCCUGGGGCAUGACCAUGCAGCUAGGCCUGGCCCUGGUGCUAGGAGUGGCCCUGUGCUUGGGGUGUGGCCGAUCCUUGCUGCAGGCCCCUGCACGCCCCUUCUCGGUGCUGUGGAACGUGCCUUCAGCACGCUGUAAGAACCGCUUUGGCGUGCCCCUGCCACUUGAGGCCCUGGGCAUCUCAGCCAACCGUGGCCAGCAUUUCCACGGCCAGAAUGUCACCAUCUUCUACAAGAACCGGCUUGGCUUCUACCCCUACCUUGGGCCGAGGGGCACAGCUCACAAUGGGGGCAUCCCACAGGCUGUGCCUCUGGACCGCCACCUGGCACGGGCUGCCUAUCAGAUCCGCCGCAGCCUGUGGCCGGGCUUCGCUGGCCUGGCAGUCCUGGACUGGGAAGAAUGGUGUCCACUCUGGGCCGGGAACUGGGGCCGCCGCCACGUCUAUCGGGCUGCCUCCUGGGCUUGGGCACAAUGGGUAUUCCCCAACCUGGAUCCCCAGGAGCAGCUCCACAAGGCCCGCGUUGGCUUCGAACAGGCAGCCCGAGCACUGAUGGAGGACACGCUGCGGCUCGGCCGGGCGCUGCAGCCCCACGGGCUCUGGGGCUUCUACCGCUUCCCAGCCUGUGGCAAUGGCUGGCGUGGUGCGGCUUCCAAUUACACGGGCCACUGCCAUGCCGCUGCCCUGGCGCGCAACACCCAGCUGCGUUGGCUCUGGGCCGCCUCCAGCGCCCUCUUCCCCAGCAUAUACCUCCCACCCAGGCUACCACCUGCUCACCACCAGGCAUUUGUCCGCUACCGCCUGGAGGAGGCCUUCCGUGUCGCUGUCGCUGGGCACCCACAUCCCCUGCCUGUCCUGGCCUAUGCCCGCCUCACACACCGGAGCUCUGGGAGGUUCCUGUCCCAGGAUGAACUUAUGCAGACCAUUGGUGUGAGCGCGGCACUGGGGGCAGCCGGCGUGGUGCUCUGGGGGGACCUGAGCUUCUCCAGUUCUGAGGAGAAGUGCUGGCAUCUCCAUGACUACCUACUGGGCACCCUGGGUCCCUAUGUGAUCAACGUGACCAGGGCAGCCGUGACCUGCAGUCACCAGCGGUGCCAUGGCCAUGGCCGUUGUGCUUGGCAAAACCCAGGACAACUAGAAGUCUUCCUGCAUCUGCAGCCAGAUGGCAGCCCUGGUGCUUGGGAGUCCUUCAACUGCCGCUGUUACCAGGGCUGGGCUGGCCCUACCUGCCAGGAGCCCAGGCCUGAGCUUGGGCCUGAAGAAGCAACAUAAAGCCAGGAGUCACCUGCCCCUGACCGUCUUGUUCCUGCUACCAUUUUUCCAGUCCUGGAGGGAGGACUUUGUCCCCGUCUUGUUCCCUGUAGCUUACUGUCACUUCUCCCACACACAUACUCCACUUCCCAUAGCACCCCUGGGGAGUGGAAGAGGCCAGAAGAGAAACACCAUUUUAAAACCAGAGGCCCUCUGAUCCCACCUGACAUGAAAGCAGCCCCAGGAAAAGUCAGUAUGCCAAAAGGUUAAGGUUACCAGCCCAGGGCUCUGUUCUACACCUCACUGAGUCUGCGCAGAGGUCACAGGAGACCCGUCCAGGGGCAGGGGGUGGGGCCCCGAAGGAGAUUCUGGCUAACAUCUGUUAAGUGGUAAGUUGCUGUCUCUACUCUGCUUUCAUCAUAAAGUUACUUUUUCUCUCACUGCAUGAGGUUUGGGUGGUCCCGAGUUCUUCCAAACCCACCACCCUUCCCGUGGUGAGCGUCCUGCUGCAAAAUGCAGAGAGAUGCGGGGCCUGCGUGGUGGACAGCAGCGUGCGGGCAGCUUCAGAGUUAAUGACUACACGUGCUGGGGGGAGGGCGCAGGGCAUUGUGGGUGCAUAGUUCAGCUGGGGCGCUGUGGGCUUAUAGGCCCCCCGGAGUAGACUACAAUUCCCGAGGUGCUCUGCGCCCAGCCCGGCGCCGGUAAUUGCGCACGCAGCACCUUGGGAAUAGAAGUUUCGGCCGCAUGGAUGCGGUCUGAGCCGAAUGGCCAGGGACUCGCCUUCCCGGUCACCCAUUUAGCGGGGCGGGGCGCUUCGACCCAUCUGGCAGGGCGGGGCGCCUCGCGAAGAUGGUGGCGCGCGCAGCGUGUGGCUCCCGUCGUCUGCCUAGGUCUCAACUCAGCGCACCGGCCGGCGACUCGCUGGCC